AUGGCCAAGUCUAUCAUCAUCAUUGCCUCUGCCCUUUGUUUCUUGUCCUUCUUUGUCCGCUUCUUCAUUGAAGGCACUGUUUACUGUGACACAUGCCGCACCCAGUUCCUCACCAGGGCCAGCGAGUUCAUUAAUGAAGGUGCAACGGUGCGUGUGGAGUGCAAGGAAAUUGAAGAUGGCAACGUGACAUUCAGCAAGGAGGCAGUGACUGAUGAAAGUGGAUCCUACAAGGUUGAGGUUAACAGAGAUCAUGAGGAGGAGGAAACUUGCGAGGUUAAGCUUGUGAAGAGUAGCAGAGAUGACUGUGGAGAUGUUGAUUCAGAAUCUCACAUGAAACAAGCUGCAAGAAUCAGCCUCACCAAGAACAAUGGAAUUGUGUCCCCAAUUCGCACUGCAAACCCUCUUGGUUUCUUGAAGAAGGAUCCUCCUGUUUGCACUCGAGUUCUCCAAGAGCUUGCACUUCUUGAUGAUGGCACCCUCGCUUGA